AAUUAAUAAAAGUGGAUGCAAACUCUCCCUCUACAGAUAAAGUUCUUAUCGGUUUAGUUCCUUGAGUAGCUCCUCCCAGCAAGUUAGGAACAGAUACGCAGAAGGUAGUACUUAUAAGAGACAGGGACUGUUCUCCGUUUCGCCGGACGUUCCAAUGGCGACGACUGUGAAAGUUUUCGGGCCACCCAUGUCGACCGCAGUGUCGAGGGUUUUAGUUUGUCUCCUCGAGAAAGAUGUCCAGUUUCAGCUCAUAAAUGUCAGCAUGGCUAAAGGAGAACACAAGAAGCCCGAUUAUCUCAAGAUUCAGCCGUUCGGUCAAGUCCCAGCUUUCCAGGACGAAGACAUCUCUCUCUUUGAGUCGAGAGCGAUAUGUCGUUACAUAUCGGAUAAGUACUCGAAACAGGGGAACAAUUCUUUGUUUGGGACGAAUCCGCUGGAGAAGGCAUCGAUUGAUCAGUGGCUUGAAGCUGAAGGACAGAGCUUUCACCCACCGAGUGGCGCUCUGGUGUUCCAACUCGCGUUUGCACCGCGAAUGAAGAUCAAGCAAGACGAGAAUUUGAUCAAGCAGAGCGAGGCGAAGCUCUCGAAGGUGCUUGAUGUGUACGAGCAGAGGCUCGGGGAUAGUCGUUUCUUGGCGGGUGAUGAGUUCACGCUUGCCGAUCUUUCUCACUUACCGAAUACGCAGUACUUGGUGAAUACUGAAAAGGGCAAUUUGUUCAAGGAGAGGAAGAAUGUGGGGAGAUGGUGGGAUGAGAUCUCUGGUAGAGACUCAUGGAAGAAGGUCGUUGAAAUGCAGAAAUCGCCUGCUUAAAAUGGUGGAUAGAAUGGUUUCAUUGUCUGGUAUCAUCUGGGGUUUUGUCUGGAUAUUUUACUUCCUCCCCCACCCCACCCCACCCCACCCCACCCUUCCCUUCCCUUCCCUUCCCUUCCCUUCGAUUUGAUGUUUUCAAUUUCCGUCGUGAUAAAGUGAUUCAGGCCAACUGUUCGAUGAAAGUCCUAAUAAAGGAAUUACUUAACACGACUA